GUAAUAACGCGGCCGUCGAGUGCGCGUGUUUCCCGUGUCCUGUGUGCCCGUACGCUUAAACCGGUAUACCCGUGUUGCCGCAGAAUCGGAACACGAGGAUAAUCGAUCAGCCGAAGGGAAAGGAAAACGAUUACGGUUUGAAAAAAUAUCAUCCUUCGUACCGUGCGGUGUUGCGAUCGUCCUUUGAUAUUCGAUCUUCUCGCGUGUCGCCCAAAGUUAUCGCGGGAAUUCGACAUUGUUAUUAUCUGUAUUAUUAUUAUUAUGACUUAACGGCGACCGGCGCGAGUGCGUGCCGUCAGCUGCUGCUGAACGUUUCUGUUGCGUAAUAUGCCUUUGUUCAACCGAAAACACGCGCAAAAGAUCAAGGAAGACCCAUCGUCCACGGCCGCGCAAAACCGGCACAACGAACACGACGAUCAUGUGAAGCAAAAUUUGGUGUUCCACUGCCAGCAGGCCCAGGGUAGUCCUACGGGGCUGGUGUCGAACUUCUCCAAUGUCCGCGAACUGUACCAAAGAGUAGCCGACUGCUAUGACUUCCCUUCCGACGAAAUUCUGUUUUGCACUUUGAACACCCACAAAAUAGAUAUGACUAAACUUCUGGGUAGCCAAAUCGGUCUGGAUGAUUUCAUAUUCGUCCAUCGCAAAGGCCGACCGAAAGAAAUCGAAAUUGCCAAGACCAGCGAGGCACUUGGUCUGACCAUCACGGAUAAUGGCUCUGGAUAUUGUUUUAUAAAACGUAUUAAGGAGAAUAGCAUCAUUGACAACAUUUCGUACAUAAACAUAGGUGACCAUAUUGAAAAAAUAGACAAUGAAACUAUGGUGGGCAGAAGGCAUUACGAAGUUGCGAAAUUGUUAAAAGACAUACCGAAAGGAACUGUGUUCACAUUGCGAUUAAUAGAACCCGUCAAAGCUGGAUUUUCAAAUAUUGAGCCAAGAGGAUCAAAACGGGGGAAGAUUUCGUACGGCAACGGCAAAGAAACGUUACGGUUCAAAGCCAACGGCGCAACACAGAUCCAAAAAGAGAACGAUGAGUCACAAAAAGGUAUUGAUAAAAUCAAUCAACUAUUAGAAAACUUGUUGGGAAUCAGUGACGUUGAACUCGCUACUCAGAUAUGGGAGAAAGGCGAAGAUAAACUGAAUAGCAUGGAUUUCGCCGAAGCUAUUGAUAACUCCGACUUAGAUGAACUAGGAUUUACGGACGACUUCAUUAUUGAGCUGUGGGGUGUCAUAACAGAUGCCAGAGCGGGACGUUUGAAAAGCUAACUGCAACUGUUCAAUAAUCUUCUUCUAAUGUAUCUCUACUUUUAUUUUAUGUAUUUAUACUGAUUAUAUAACACUCAUAUAUAUAUAUAUAUAUAUAUAU